GCAACUCUGCGUAAGGUAAACAUUAUCAGCUGUUUAAGUUCAUGUUUAUGAUUUUAAACAAUAUCGGCGUAAACGAAUUCAAUAGUACUAAAAUAAAAUAUUAUUUACAUUUAUGGAGUGAUUUAAAAUUUAAAUUAGACCGAAUAUUGCUGAUAUCUGCAACUAUGUCUAUAUCUCGAAUUAUUUUAGAGGAAAUUGCUUUAGAGGGCCUGGAAGGCGUAACACUUGCAUCACUUUGGUUAUAUUUAUCUGAAGCCUUAAAACUACCAUAUCCAUUUAAUAGUGACUGUCAAGAGCAAAUAUGGGACUGUAUUAAAAAUUCUAGAAAUUUGUUAUUUUACGAAUUACCUGUAGAGCGGCCGCCGAUUAAACUUUAUGACCGUUUUGCUGAUCUGGAUCCGUGUUUAGGAGUACCUUUAGUUAAAGAAGUCUGUCCAUUAGUGAGAUAUAAAUUUAAUCCUAUACAAACCAAAGAAUGUUUGGGUUCAUGCGAAUAUUUCAAUGAGCGUAAGCCUAUACCUAACAAUAAAAUUGCAGACUUAAACGUCACGGAUGUUAUAAAUAAGUGGGGUGAUAAAUUCGUUAUAGUUGGAAAUCAAGAGUUACGUUAUAGUGCUUUAACACCACUAAACGUACAAUAUCCAAAAGAUCUUACUGCCGUACAAUACUGCAUUUGGGAAGCAAUUGGGCGAUCACGCCAUAAUGGUGAAACCACAUCUGGAAGCUUUUCUUUACUUAAUUUUUGUAAAGAUCCUACAAUUGUAUUCUAUAUUAAGAAUAAGCUACUUCGUGCUGAUGUUAUAGCUACACAACUCUUUAAUGAAAAAGUCAAUGAUCGUUUAAUAGUCACAACAUUAGUGACAUUACCACGUUUUCAUAAGACACGUAAAAGCAUGCUUUAUACAGUAAUUGAGAAAGUAGCAGAACUUUGUAAAGAUCUACCUAAUAAUAGAAUUUCGAUGAUAGACGCACAUCGUCAUUUUCCUUCAGUAGAACGUCACAAAUCAUUUCGUAAAAUGACAAUGACGCAUCCAUUUCGGCAGAUUUUUGAGACUAUAUCUGUGCCAUAUGCUGAAUACUAUAAGAGUACACGUAAAACAUCAACUGAUGGUUCAAAAGGUCGUUAUGUACUUACGAUAAAACUUCGAAAUCCAGACAUAAAUCUUGAUAAUCUUUACAAAGAUGAACAGGAAACAGAAAAAGAAGAAUGCGUUGAUAAAUUUGUCGAUAACUCGCAUAUUUUUGUUGAUAUGCCGAUUAAAGAACAAUUUUAUAGAGCUGUUGCGCGACACGGUGCUCGUGGUUGCAGUCAAAGUGAAAUUUGCGAUUAUAUAGGCUUAAAUCAUUUAACUACUCGUCAAAUUGUUAAAAAAAUGGAAGCUGAUGGCUAUAUUAAAAGCUAUUGUACCGAUGUCGGACGUCAACGUAUAUACAUGUAUGUUGCCAUAGAGCAUUCUGAAACAGUGAGUAAAAACGAUGUUGAGUCUAAGAUGAUUUUAGAUAAUCUACAAUGUUCUGAAGAGCCAAAUAUACCUAACAACGAAAACGUUAUUACCAUGACGGAUAUAAUAUCUAUUUCUUCAAGCAUCAAGCCAUUUGAAUAUGUCAUAAAAAACAACACACGAGAUUUAUCUACGUAUAAGCAAGUAUUCCGCAAAGCAACUAUUGUGAAAUGCAUAAAUAAAAAUUGUAUAAUACCGGUAUAUGCUUUGCGUUAUGAAAUCCAACGUUAUGAGAAAGAACAAAAUUACGCGGAUGAAGUAUGUUUCAAAUCUGUAGCUCGUAUACUACAUCAAUUGCAAAAAAACAAAAUUUUAAAUAUAUACGAAAUAACUGUCCAGUUCGAGGAAUAUAUACGUACAUAUCGCUAUGCUACACAUCCCAAAAUCGAUAUAGAACAUGAAAUGCUUAAGCGAGAAGUACUUAAAUUAAAAAAUAACUUACAUCUCGUGAUUGAAGAGCGUAGAUUGCAAGCAGAAAUUAAAGCAAAGAAGAAAAGAAAAGCUCAGCUUAAAUUGACUAAAAAACCUCCAAGAGUGAAAAAAGUAAAAGUAAAGGAAAACCGCUCCCAUAAGCCACCGAAGUUUCUUAUUUCGCGCUAUAUGCAUGAAUUUCUAUUUUAUAUAAUUGUCGAAUUAAAUGAUUCCACGCCACAAUAUCCAAUUAGCACUGCUUUAUUACAGGAAUGGCAGAUAACUGAACCAAAUUUACAAGUUAAAGAAUUCAUGGAACAACUCGCAAAUGAAGAAAAUCAGAUUGCAUACACAAAACAAAUAAGUUGGCGAACUUUUAUACCGCCAUUACCGAAAUACACCGAUAAACCCUUUGGUUGGGUAUAUUUAAUGGAUGCCAUAGAUCGUAUUCCCUUGUCGUUGUUGCAGAAAAUCUUUUGCUUUGAACCGGAGGUUGAUGAAACUUUAACGCCAUAUUUGUCACACCCUGUCAGACAGCAUUAUCUACUGCGACAACUCUCACCAGAUCUACAACAACAAAUCAGUUGCAUACUCUUGCAAAAGCUGUACAUAAUGGUUUUGAAACUACUGAACCAUAUGGGUCUAAUACAGAUUGGUGAACGUUUGAAUGUGAAAGAUCCCUUAAUAAUGUGGGUGUAUCUUAAUCGGCAUGCACAUAUAUUGGAGACGACGACUUCUGAACCAAGUUAUUUUCGUAUUAACCCUAAUCGUUCUUACGACACGAUGCGCUUUGAGUUUAACACAUCUGAUGAUGUGAAUCAGUAUUGGACGAAUUUACAUCGCAUAUGCAUUUACACUAAACUCGGCUUUCGCCGUGGUACAUUUGAAAGACCGGGUAGAAUAAGAGAACUUACAUUUCUGGACCCAGUUGAUACAUAUGAAGCACCAAAGAAAGAUGACGGCACAAUACCAGGUGAUAAUUUAGGCGCCGCUGGUCUAUCAGCUAAUUUAUUUGCACACACAUUUCGUAAUUGGUCAUGGGUUGUGAACACAAGCACUAUUUCAAAUGAAAAAAAUACUCAACGCAAUUGUCCAGUUUUAUUGCGUGGAAAACUGGCUAGGCAUAGACCAUUGAGAAAUCGGCUGAUUAUGCCUCCUAUUAGGCGUCUGCAGCAUGGUAUACUCGCUAAGGCAAUAUCAGCCAAGAAAUCUGGUCCACGAGAUGCGAUUGAUCGUGACGCGCUUAAGAAUAUGCGUACACUACGCGUAUCAUGGUCAAUCGAAGAAGAUAAUAUGUUAAAGAUUGCACGCGCCGUGUAUUUAUAUGUUGCGGCACCUGUACCAGCGUUAGAAUUGCUAACAGUGGCCAAAAUUUGUCGGGAUGUAUUGCGGCACACAAUUGGUAGUAACAAUAAAACAAUGAAGGCAUGCCUACGACGUACGCAGUUCCUUGUGAAAAUGGGUCGUCAUUUGCCAGAAGUACCAGCUUGGCUCAACUUGCUGCAAUCGAAUGAGUACAUGCAGAACAAGUAUGGCGAUAAUUUUUUACAAAAACUCAAGGAUACAUAUCCGAUUCGGAAUGAAUUCUGCGAUGCGCUGGUCAUACAUUUUGUUUUAAUCUUGAACUUUUUAUAUAAAUUAGUCAAAAACACUAAUGCUAUUGACUGUUACACGUUUUUAAUUCCUGACACUAUUGAAGAAUUUAGCGCUAAAUUCAGUGAGCGCAUAACAACCAGCAAUAUUUUAACCAUACAAAAUUAUAAUCCAAACAAAGUAUUCGACUUGCAAGUGUCAGUCGUUGUCGGUGUUCUACACAGUGCUAUGUGCUGCGCCAAAGAUAAAACCUUAUACAAUAUGCAAGCCUUUGAAAUUUACAAAAAUUAUUCGGAAGAAGUUUUAAAUGCCGCUUUUUCGAAAGCUCGUGCUGAUACACUUGUCGUAGCUGUGAAGCGUAAACACUUACAAUUGAUACCUGAUCAGCUGGCUGGUCCAGCGUAUUUGCUCUCCUCUAAAUAUAGAUUUCGCUUAACAUAUCUUAAAAUUCCGUACAACGUUUAUGACAUAUUAUAUGCUUACUUUGAGAAUGCAUUGACAACGUUCUUUAAAGUAGAGAGUGGGAAAGAUGCAAAGCGCUACUUGGAGUUGAAGACUCCAAAUUUGGGACAUUUAUUUUUCAUUGCCGAAGGUCUUGCAAAGAACUAUUGGAAAUCACAAAUAAAACUACCGAUUAACAUAUUAACGGUCGAUACACAACAGGCACAGAAUGUAUCAUCCAUAGAUCGAAUAUUUGCCCACUACCAUACCAUCUUCGAUAAUGCACCCAAAACUGAAUAUGCAAAGAAUAUUGAAAAUGAAACCACUGAAAAGCGGAUACGCAUUAAGUUUCAUCCCGCUAAUUUAAGUUAUAAAAUACAUUAUUCACCCUACGAUGAAAUUGCCAAACUACCUGCACGAUAUAUGCAUUUCUUUUGUGCCUUGCGGCAUUUGGAUAAAAAAGUUGAUAUCAAUUUUAGCAAGUUAUGUCAUGAGAAUGAAGAGAAUAAUAUGGUUAUAAUUGAAUGUCCAUUCAAUUGUAUUAUGAAUGGCACUAACUACGUUGAUGCAAUCGUAUCCAUUGUUAAUGAAAAAGCUUACGUUUUAGAUGAACUAAGCGAAAUGCCGGCACAGAAAUUACUUAAUCUUGCCGCAAGUGGCUGUUCUGUAACUGUGCAACCGGCCAAUCUCUUAACGCUGGUGCGUUUAUUAGAAUCAUUCUGGCGAGAAAGGGAACAAAAAGCUGAACUCAAAGAUUUGGGCAAACUACAGGAUAGUGUAAAGAGAAUUAAAACAAUCGAUUGGGUUCAGAUAUGUCGUAAUAUUUUAGAAUUCAGUGUUGUCGAAUUUGAUUCAAAUCAAAUCAAUGAACUUGAACCGAUCUUAAAUAAGGAAGAGCGUAUACUGCGAGCACAAGAUGUCUUUGUAGUUAACUUGCCUGCUUUGCAAUUUUAUCUUAAUCCAGAAUUUCAAACUACAACAUAUACGGUAAAGCAUAAUCAGUUGAUGAUACCUAAAGUUAUGCUGGAAACUGAAGUCGAACGUGAGAACAUACUUCAAAAAGUUAUAAAUGAAUCACAUUGGAAGUACACAGAAAAUACAUUUCAAAUGCUAUUAUCAACUUUAAAUGAAGAGAACUUUAAUGAGCUGGAUAAAAAUUAUUUAAAGGAUAUUCAUGAUUUCAUUGAAACAGAAAAACUGGGUGUGACUGUAUCUGCUUUAAUGCAAAAAUUUCCUGAUCAACAAUUACUGUACCGCGCUCUCAAAAUACUAAGUGAUUUCUAUUUGAUUAAAAGAGUCGGAAUCUCAACAUUUGUCUACGUACAUAAGACACAUAUUCGCGACUGGUUAGUACUUACGUUUCAUAUUAAACGAUUGGAUCGUGAAAAGUUGGGUGAUACAAAUACAACAAAAGUAUUGAAACGUCCUCGAACAGAAGAAAAUGACGAAUUUGACAGCGGUGAUAGUGGUUCAAAUAAAAAACAGAAAACCACUGAGAAUGAGGAAACUUCUUCAGAUACCUCACAAAUGCAACCAAGCAGCAGUAAGCGGUUACCGAAACCAGUUCAGCCAUUUGAUAUGCAAUCAACAGUUCAAACUGCAAAGACUUAUAUCACUAAGGAUACAAUUGCAAUGAGACCUCAGCCUUGGAUACGCUUAAAUGGUUCCUUAAAUCGUCGUGUUUUAGAUAAAUGGAUAGGAUCUAUAUUGGCAGAGUGUUUAGUGCGGAGUGGCUGCUUCGUGACUGAUAUACUUGCCCGUUUCCCCCAUAUGUAUCCAGUUGAUCUUAUGUUUUUAUUAGAAAUUCUAAGCGAUAUGAAGUGUAUAUACUUAUCUAAUACGAAAGUACGAGAAAUUGAUAUUUUCUCUGAAUAUGAAGUUAUCGAAGAUUCUAUUGUGAGUCAAAUAGUUCACCCAUCAGAGACAUAUAUAAAUACAAAUCCUGAUGCACUGACGCGUAUGGCUUUCUUCAUUGGAAACAAAAAAUAUUCAGCAGAUUUUAUAUAAAAUUAAUUAAAACUUAAAAUAGAAUAGGUUAUAAUAACUAACUUAUAUAUAAGCUUAAAAUAUAUUAAAAAAUAUAUAAAUAAUGUAAAACAUUCUAUAAAAUUAAUUGUUUAAUUAAAAUUUAUUUAUCUAAUUUUUUUGGAUUAUAUUGCAAAGUUAAUUUGAUUUUCGAAUACUAAAAAUCCUAUUUC